ACUGACAUCCCCGCAGUCUAAUCCAGAGAGCGAGGAUGCAUAGCAGCAGUGUUAUCUGCCGAACCAGCGUCGGAUCGCUACUCCUUUAAGCUCUGAUCGACACAUCCCCGCCAGCACAGUUCGUUGAGCCUCACCGCUCCGGAACCCGAGACCGUCGCUGGAUCGGCACGGACUUCCUCCCGACCCGGACUUCGCAGACGUUACGUUGGGACAAUGGAAUCUAACGUGAUCCCGGACAGUAUCCGCCCGCAGCGGCUGCAGCCGGGCGUCGGGUUCGGUUCGGGUCCGAGCGGGACGCUGCGCUCCUCUCUCCGCCCCGGGGUGACGGUCCCCAUCGCGCCGCUGCUGCCCUCCCCGGCCUCUCUGGCCGCCUCGUCCGGGCCUCCCCCGCCGCCCCCUCCGCUGCAGCUCCACAGCCUGUACGGCGGGCUGGGAGCGGGGCUGGGGCCGGGGGCUGCCGGCCACGGUAACCCCGGGAACCCGGCGGUGCUGAAGGAGGCGGUGGAGGCGGUGGUCCGCAGCUUCGCCAAGCACACGCAGGGCUACGGCCGAGUGAAUGUGGUGGAAGCUUUACAAGAGUUCUGGCAGAUGAAGCUGAGCAGAGGCGCCGAUCUGCGGAACGGCGCUCUGGUUGUUUACGAGAUGGUGCCGUCCAACAGCCCCCCGUACGUCUGCUACGUCAGCCUUCCAGGAGGCAGCUGCUUCGGGAGCUUCCAGUUCUGUCCGACCAAGGCGGAGGCGAGACGCAGCGCCGCCAAGAUCGCCCUCAUGAACUCUGUCUUCAACGAACACCCCUCGCGCCGCAUCACCGACGACUUCAUUGAGAAGAGCGUGAGUGAGGCGCUGGCCUCCUUCAAUGGGAACAGAGAAGAGGCCGACAACCCCAACACAGGAAUCGGCGCGUUCCGCUUCAUGCUCGAGUUCAACAAAGGAAAAUCCAUGCUUGAGUUUCAGGAGCUGAUGACCGUCUUCCAGCUGCUGCACUGGAAUGGAAGCCUUAAAGCCAUGAGGGAGCGGCAGUGUUCCCGACAGGAGGUGCUGGCCCACUACUCCCACCGGGCUCUGGAUGAUGACAUGCGCACCCAGAUGGCCGCCGACUGGGUGAACCGGGAGCAGAGCGUGGCGGGCACCAUCGCCCAGGAGCUGGGCUCCACAGAGCGCGAGCUGGAGGACGCCAGGCUGGCGGGCAGAGAACUGCGCUUUUACAAGGAGAAGAAAGACAUCCUGAUGCUGGCUGUGGGUCAACUCGGCGCGGCCAACGCGGCCACGCUGCCCUCACACUAAACCCACCCUCCGCUCUGGAAACACGCCUUUACACCUGGACUCCCGGCCGCAGUGUUGAGCAUUUCGUAGCUAUGGAGGUGAUUUAUUAUCUUGGUUUUGUAUCAUAUGUUUUGUUAUGAGAACCAGGUAAUCGGGCCUUGAUUUUACACCAUCCGUACAACAAACAGCUGUCGACAACAACAAAUGGCAACAGCUUUAGCCAUUACCUCUUCGUGCCUAGUGAUUACAGGAUAACAGCUGAGUGGGGUUUACGUCCCUUUUCAUUAUGUCAUUCUAUAUUGACUCUAUGUAGACCCACAGAAACAAAACCUGCCUUUCAUUAGUGAAUGUAUGGGACAUAUGUUUAUAUGGCAAAUCAAACCAAUAUUUUUCAGUAAAGACACUCAUUUAAGGGUUUUCUAUUGAAAGCAUACGACAUGUUUAUAUUAUUUGUCUGCAUAUAGUUUGUUCUACCAUCUUAGAACCUAAGAUGGUAACUCUAUACAUCCUAAAACUCCCACAUGCAUGAAUUAACUUAACACAGAAACAAUGCUUACUCAAUAAUGAAGGGGAUAAAAGACUUCACCAAAUAUUAGCAGCUAUUUAUGUUUAGUUAUGUGCAUAAAUGUCAGCAGGUGACGGAUUGCUCUGACUGCAGCUCAGGUUUUUUAAUAAUCUGAUAUUGAAUCAUCACUUUUCUUUGUGUUUGUAGACGCUUUCAUCAGCUGUUUUAUUUCAUGUGCUUUUGACCGCGACACCAGCCGAAUGUAUAUUUUCAGCGUGCUCUCAACUAAAGGACCUACAAAGCAACGCUGUCUAGACUAUAGAAUCACAUGCCACAGAUUAUGCGCCUUGCAGAGAAGUUAAAAAGAGCUGGUGCUUCGUAGGUGAAGAAUAUAGGCGACAGAAUUGUAGGAUAUUUUGUUAAUGUGGAGUUUGAUUUAAUGUGUGAGUCAUUGCAGACACAAACCAGUACCAGCACUUGUGGGUUUUUGUUUUCUGAAGUAUUGGAAGCCGAAUUUGGAUGUUAGCAGUGCAAGUUUACAUCCGGGGGCUGGAAGCUGACAGCCAGCUUUUAAAUAUUUCAUUUUGAAGGACCUGAUUUAUUUUACACUGUAAAUGUGAUAUCCUAAAUGUCUUAUAUAUCUAAAAUGUCUUUUAGUAUGUUGCAGGGAUUCAGGCGUUUCAAUGAGUAGCCUUUUAAAGACCCCUCGUAAACAAGAAUUUAAUUGAUAACGUGUUGCACUGGCUGGAAGGAAAUGUGGGCAGCAAAUUAUGUAGUUUAAACAGCAGGAGGGCUUUUUUGCUCCUGAGUCCUGAUUACACAAAAUUUUAGGAGACGGCAAAUAAAAAACACGAGAAGCAAGAGUGUGAUUAAAGCCAGUCAAGUUAUAUUUUAUUACUGUGCUGCUGUAUCUCUCCAGGAUUUUUGUGCCUUUAUAAAAUUAAUAUUAUUCUAUGGUUUGUCCCUUUAAAAAGCUAAAUUUCAUCCAGUGGGGUCUUUAAAGUGGUGCUACUCUACUUUUUGUCCUUUCGUGUAGUUAUAUAGAUUAUAAUCUAUAUUUCUCUUUCACCUUAAUAUGAUGGUAUGAAGGAUUUGUUAAACUGUACUACAUUUACUACAGUAUAAAGUACAUUUAUAAUCUUUAUAUAACAUUGGUUUGGUACUCAGUUUGCAAACUAUAUAUGUAGCACCAGUAGAGUAUAUUACAAGGCUAUUCUCUUGGCAAAGGCAAAUACGUGGUUGAUCUAAUAUAAUACAGAAUUUAAUGUCAACAAUCUGCAGCUUAAAAGGUUAAAAUUCAAUUUUACAUUUAAAAGUUUGUUUACUUCAUUGCUAUUUUUUAACAGCUCUGAGAGUCUCAACAACACACAGAGGUCCAGUCAGUGCUGUUCUGUGAAUCUACAGUAGUUGAAAAGCAUACAGAGGAAUGCUUUUGGUUAAAGUUAAAGGUCAAAUGUUUGUAAAACUGAGCAAGCUGGUUUUAAACAUGAGGAUGAAGUUGUUGAAUUUUGCAUUGCAUCAUGAACUGCUCAUCUUACAAAUGCCUUUGAUUGUUCUUUUUAGUCAUUGUCAAUGAAGGCUCUAUAAAAAAUUGUAUAUUUUUUGUUAUCCAUUUUUACAAAUGAUAUAAAAUGGGCUUUUCGUGUUUUGGCUUUAAUGCAUGGUGUUUUAAGUUCAGUCUUUAUGUUUUUAUUCUAUUCUACAGUACAAUGUUUCUGAAAGCUCUUAUUGUAUCUAUUUUAUAUGAACAUUUUGUACUCCAUGUUUAUACUUUUAGUAGAUUUAUAUGAAGGAAUAAAUUGUCUGAUACAAAUGUU